AUGUCCAACAACAUCAAGGUCGUUUGUCGAUUCCGUCCACAGAAUGCUCUCGAAAUCAGAGAGGGUGGUCAGCCUAUUGUCUCAUUCGAUGACAAUGGUCAAUCCGUCAAAGUAGAGAGCAAAGAAUAUCCAGGAACAUUCACCUUCGAUCGUAUUUUCCCAUGGACAGCAAAGCAAAAUGAUGUUUUUGAAUAUUCUAUUAGCCCAAUUGUCGAUGAUGUCAUUAAUGGAUAUAACGGUACUGUAUUUGCCUAUGGUCAGACCGGAUCCGGAAAGACUUUCACAAUGAUGGGACCUUCCAUUGACGACGAGGAGACAAAAGGUAUCAUUCCUCGUAUCGUGGACAAAAUUUUUGCAAGUAUCCUUGCGUCACCUUCGACCAUGGAAUAUACAGUCAAGGUCUCGUACAUGGAAAUUUAUAUGGAAAAGAUUCGUGAUCUGUUGAAUCCCGUCAAUGAUAAUCUGCCGAUUCACGAAGAAAAAAAUCGAGGAGUGUACGUAAAGGGGCUGUUCGAGGUUUAUGUGAGCUCAAUCGCGGAAAUUCAUGAGGUCAUGCGUCGCGGAGGCAACAGCAGAAUGGUUGCAUACACAAACAUGAACGCUGAGAGUUCUCGUUCACACUCCAUUUUUGUGGUUACUAUCUCGCAAAAGAACUUGCUCGAUGGAAGUGUAAAGAGCGGAAAGCUAUACUUGGUUGAUUUGGCAGGUUCUGAGAAGGUCGGCAAGACUGGAGCCUCCGGUCAAACACUAGAGGAGGCAAAAAAGAUUAACAAAUCACUUUCAGCUUUGGGAAUGGUCAUCAACGCUUUGACUGACGGAAAGUCUACUCAUAUUCCGUAUCGUGACAGUAAACUUACAAGAAUCUUACAAGAGUCUCUGGGAGGAAAUUCCAGGACGACCUUGAUUAUCAAUUGCUCACCAUCAUCCUAUAACGAUGCUGAAACAGUUGGUACCCUCAGAUUCGGUACUAGAGCCAAGAGUAUCAAAAACAAGGCCAAGGUUAAUCAAGAACUCAGUGCAGCUGAACUCAAGCUCUUACUUAAAAAGGCCAAGACCGAGGCUAUGACAUUCACACAGUAUAUUGCUGCUUUGGAAGGAGAGGUCACUAUUUGGCGACAGGGUGGUACUGUCCCCAAGACCGAUUGGGCCAGUAUGGAGAAGAUUCAAGUUGGCGGAGGGGCAACGCCAUUGUCCAGUUUGCCUGGCCACAUGACGCAAUUGGAUACAUCCCGACCCUCAACACCUGCAGUGGCGCUAGAGUUGGAUGAGAGAGAAGAGUUCUUGAAGCGUGAGAACGAGCUGACAGACCAAAUCGCUGAGAAGGAGGCUGAGCUGCUUGCAAGGCAACAGUUGGUGGACUCGAUGAGGGAGGAGCUCACAUUCCUUAAAGAACAAGACUCACCAAACGCGGUGCACGAGCUAAACGACCUCAAGUUGCAGCUUGAAAAAGUUUUGUAUGAGAGUAAAGAGGGUGCAAUCACUGUAGAUAGUCUGCGCGAGGCUAAUCAGGAAUUGUCUAAAGAGUUGGAAGAGCUCAAGAAGACUCUUAUGGAGAUACGUCUUGCCCAGAAGGACUCGAAUGAAGACAACAAAGAGAAGAAGAAGAUGGAGAAGAUGGCUCAAAUGAUGGCCAAUCUGGAUCCAUCUGGAGAACUCUCUGCCAAAGAAGCACAAAUGCGUGAGACCCUCUCUAAGUUUGAGUCACCUGCAGGUCUCACCCCUGAGGAGGCUUCUGCACUCCGUAAAGAGAUUGCUCAAGCACGGUCUCUUAUUGAGCAGCAUGAGCAGACUAUUGCUGAUUUGAACAAUGAGAACGUUUCACUGACCUUGAACAGAGACGCUUUGGAGAUGCGUCUUCAGACAGCAGAGUUGGAGUAUGAAGAGUUGUUGGACAAGACUAUUGCAGAUGAAGAAGCCAACUCUUCCAUUGAUGUCUUGGAAACAAUUUCAGAGCUGCGAGUCAAGCUUGAGGCCCAGUACUCUGCCAAGCGGGAUCAAGCCCAACAGGAGAUUGAAGCACUUAAACAGGAAAUCGCGCGUCGCAAUGAGGAUAUCCAGCGGCUGAGUUCCAAUGUUACAGAUCUUCGACGUGGCAAUGAGGAGCUCAAAGAACAACUUGAGCGCCAGAGCAAUCAUACCAGCAGCGGUCUAUGGGAGGGUAAGGACAUGACGGAGCGUGAACGCGAUAUGGAGCGUAUCCGUAAGACUAUGGCCCAGCAACUGGCUGACUUUGACGUGAUGAAGAAAGCCCUCAUGCGUGAUCUUCAGAACCGAUGCGAAAAGGUGGUUGAGCUUGAGAUCUCGCUGGAUGAGACACGAGAGCAGUAUAACAACGUUCUUCGUAAUAGCAAUAACAAGGCUCAGCAACAAAAAAUGGCUUUCUUGGAGCGUAAUCUAGAGCAGCUAACGCUGGUACAGAAGAAGCUUGUAGAACAGAACUCUGCACUCAAGAAGGAGGUUGCCAUCUCAGAACGCAAGCUCGCUGCUCGCAACGAGCGUAUUGCCAAUCUAGAGGGUCUCUUGCAAGAUGCUCAAGAGAAUUUGACUUCUCAGAAUCACAAGUUCGAGACUCAACUCCGGGCGCUCCGCGAGCGUCUCGAGCAAGCACGAUCUCAAAAAUCUGCAGCCGUAAACUUCGGCAGAAUCGCCAAGCCUCUUCGUGGAGGAGUUGCUGCUGUCGACAAUGGGUAA